UUCAUUAAUCUAUGACCGUUGCCUAUAUUAUCAAAUAUCAAUGUCAAUGUCAAUCACAGCUGGACUACAGACUACACAACAUAACUUUUGAUUAUUGACAGAUAAUGCAACUUCGCAACAUAGUGAGAAAGAAAAACUGAAAGUUAAAAACGCAACAGAGAAAAAGAUUAUAAAAGAUCAUAACCAAAAGUAGAAACCAUAAAACAAUUAGAGAGGAUCGUCAGGAGAAAGUAGACUUGAAAGGCCUACUUCAACGACGUGAAAACUGUUGUCAUGUCAGAGGAUGUUCCUGCUUCAGGUGAAAGUUCAUGUUGUGUGUGAUAUGACAUUGAGAGAAAGUGUAGACUGGAAGAUGAAAUUCAGGUGAAUAGAGUCUCUUGUUACAAAAAAUAAACAUUCCUUUGGUUUGCACAACAAUUUUAUAGUUUGAUUGAUUGAAAUAUAUUUGUUCUUCUAAUUAGCAAUUUACAAUGACUCUUAGGACAGAAGAAAAAAGUGUAAAAUUUGAAUUUGUGUUGAAGUCUCUUCUGGCAGGUGGUGUUGCAGGAAUGUUUUCCAAGACGACUGUGGCACCCUUGGAUAGAAUCAAGAUACUCUUGCAGGCUCACAGUGCACAUUACAAACAUUUAGGAGUAUUUUCUGGGUUGAAAGAAAUCAUCAAACGUGAGAAGUUCUUUGCUCUGUACAAAGGAAAUGGAGCUCAGAUGGUCAGAAUAUUUCCAUACGCAGCUACUCAGUUUACUACCUUUGAGCUGUAUAAAAAGUGGAGCGCUGUGUUGCUGGGGCCCAACUCCCACAUCGGCAAGUUUCUAGCUGGAUCUAGUGCAGGUGUGACAGCAGUACUGUUCACGUAUCCACUGGACACCAUCAGAGCCAGGCUGGCGUUCCAGGUCGCUGGUGAACAUGUCUACACAGGCAUCGUCCAUACAGGUCUCUGCAUGUACCAGCAGGAAGGUGGAUUUCGAGCAUUAUAUAGAGGAUUUGUUCCAACGAUCUGUGGCAUGAUUCCUUACGCUGGCUUCUCAUUUUAUUGUUUCGAGAUGAUGAAGUAUUGCUGUAUGAAGUAUGUACCACAGUACACUUGCUCUCCCUGCUCAAGGAAUACAGGAGGACUAGUGUUGUCGCUGCCAGCCAAGCUGCUGUGUGGGGGACUAGCUGGUGCUGUGGCUCAGAGCUUCUCUUACCCCAUGGAUGUCACACGUCGUCGCAUGCAGUUGGCUAUGAUGAGCCCUGAGACCCAGAAGUUUGCGUGAGUAUUGUUUUAGUACCUGAAGUGAUAUAAGGGAACAAAAAUAAAUGUAGAAUUUAUAAAUCUAGAGGCCUGUUUCCAAUUUGGACACAAGUUGAUUAGUCAUGCCUGUUUGGCCCUUGGAUUUCAGACCAAAAGGGUCAUACUGAGAAUAAUUAAUUUAUAUUUGAUUGAAUGGUAUGCAUUGUGAUUAAAACAAAUUUUAAAUAGUUCUCCGAAUGCAAAAAAUCCUAUUGUAGUUUAGGUGUAUAACAAACCCCAUGAGGAGACGUCAUAUAUUUUUGUUCAGGUGGGU